CUACGGAGGCCGAGUGGAGGAGAAAUGUGGGCGCGGGCUGCGCGGCUGGUCCUUCGGGCCUGGGCGGGCGGGCGCCGAGGCUUCACUUCCAAGGCAGAGCCUCAGGAAAGUGGGCGAGUCACGGCAGAAGUGAUCGAACACCUGGAGCGCCUAGCGCUUGUGGACUUCGGCAGCCAAGAGGCCGUGGCACGGCUGGAGACAGCCAUCGCCUUUGCCGACCGGCUCCGCGAGGUGGACACGGACGGGGUGGAGCCCAUGGAGUCAGUACUGGAGGACAGAUGUCUUUACUUGAGAUCCGACAAUGUGGUAGAAGGUAACUGUGCUGAAGAACUACUACAAAACUCCCGUCGAGUUGUGGAGGAUUAUUUUGUGGCCCCCCCAGGUAAUAUCCCUUUGCCAAAGCUGGAUGAACAAGAGUCCUUCUCACAGAGCUGAGUAACUGCUCCAGGAAGGGGUAUGCUGUGAACACAUGGAAGCAUGAUGGUAUUUUGUUAUUAUGAACACUAAAAUUCCCACUUCCUUCAGUAAUCUGAAAAAAAUUGAUGUUUAAGUAUUUUUGGUAACUAACUCUUCUGAAGACAGUAUUGGGAAAGAUUUAGCCAAAACAAGGCAAUGAGUUCCUGACACUGAAGGAAGUAAAAGGUAUUGUCAACCUCCAAGGAAAUGUUUGGUUUGGAAGACAUCACCCCCCUUCUGUCCUCCCAUGAGACUGUCUACCCAACUGCACUUGAGCGAAUUUUUCUGUUUCUAUAACUGUUAGACACUGCAUCUGAUCACACUCGGUGACAUCCUGAGCUGUCCUUUUUAGCUAUUUUUUCCAUCAACCAGAGCAGUAUUUUAUCUUUACUGAACAUACCCGAAUCUGUUCCUGGGUACCCACUUUGUUCCAAACCGAAGGCUAACUUUUUGCUAAGGUCUGAAGAGCGUUGAAAGGAGACUAUAGCUUUCGAACUCCUGGACCUAGAACCAUCCACCAUAUCACACAGUGAUUACAUGCAAAAGGGAUUAUUAGCCGCACUUAGCUUCUCUUUUUAAAAACAUAAAAAUGGCCCUGGAA